UGGCGAGUUCGAUUCUCGGUCCGGUCUAGGAUGUUUUCUGGUUGGAAACUUUCUCGACACCCUGGGCAUAGUGUGUUCUUGUACUUGCCACACAAGAUACAUAUUCAUGCAAUGGCGGGCAUAGAAAAGCUUUCAAUUAAUAACUGAGGAAAUGCUAAUAGAAUACUAAGUUGAAAAUAAGGCCAAGUUCCAGUCGGAAUGUAGAGCCAUUUAAGAAGAAGAAGAUACGUCGCGAUGAACAUGACAAACAUUUGUCAUUUGACAAACACUGGCAUUCACAUAUGCAUCAUGUGCCUUAAUCGAAGGUAAAUUGAAUGCCCAGGAAAGUCGAAAAAAAAAAUCGAAGGCCGUACAAGGAAACUUCAGCAUUGCUCAGAUACUUCGCAUUUAUUUUCUGUGGAAGUGGUUGAGGAACACUGAACAACGCACAAGUUUUUAAAUAGAAGAACAAGACAAUGUCAUUAUUUCAAGAUUAAAAUGUCUAAAAAGUUUUCUGUAACUUGUCACGCCCUGAAAGAAACAAUGAAUUGUUAUUCAAUUCGUAAAGAUAAAUAGAUGCGAAGAUGUUCAAAAUCGAUUACACCUUUUCAAGUGAACUAUCAGAGUAUGCGUCAUGAUCCUUAUCCUGUUCCACCAUCACCGCAGUGUAUGCGAUCGCUGUUCUUAUCAGCUUUUAUCAUUGAAAUUAGCCCCAUUGCAUUUAUAUCGCGAUCUUCCUCUCGUGUGUGCUGAAAGUCACUACAAAUUCAUCUUUUAUCAUCCGUCCUGCGUGUCUGGUGUGGGUAUGUGCUCUCGCUGAAAAGUAAUUUAAACUAAUAAAUUGAAUCUAACUGCGCCCAAGAUGCUCAGUAGAGAUGUGAUCUUCGUGCUGUAAAGUGUGACAGUUUUGAUUAGGAGGAUGGAGAAUUUUGGCUAUAAGGAAGGAUCGGCCAAACCCAAACGCAGGGUUGGGAGCAGAUCAACCAAGAUAAAAACACAACAGAUUCCGAUAGCGAUGAAACCGAGAUUUUCGUUAACUCCUGACGUCACAGUUCAUUGGAGAACUGAUCCGGAGGCGGUGCUUGCGGAAGAUUUUGAAUACAUGAAGAUCGGUCCAUCGCCACCUGCUGAGAAUGCGCCGAAUAUGUUUGAUAACUAUGAAGAAUCGAACGCCGAGUUUGGGUUUGAAGUAUCGAGUGAAACUAUUCGAACCUCGUUGAUGGAGCAAAUGCGACUUUCAUCGGGUAGAUUGAAGCUGUUGGAUAAUAUUGAGCAGGGUAACAUUAUCGCUGUUAACACAAAAGAAAUGUUUGAAGGAGCUACGAAGGCGGAGAAAAACAUAAGCUUUGUGUUUGCGGCAUUCCUCAAACGAUGGGAUUUAUUAGAGAGCUUGCUUGAAUGUGGUGCUGAGUUGAUAUUCUCCGACAGUAAUGGGUUUAGUGCGUUGCAUCUAAGCUCCUUCAGCGGCUGUCUGAAUUGCACGAGUUUUUUGGUUUCGAAAGGCAUUGAGGUUAAUAUGCAGCCUAAAGGAUUUACACCAUUGCAUUGCGCAGCUUUUGGGAAUUCGGUAGAAGUAGCGCGAUAUCUGAUUACUAAAGGAGGAAAGUUGACCAUCAAUACAAAGAAGCAAAAUUGUGAGGAAUCGUUGUUACAUUGUGCGGUGCGUUCGAACUCUAUUGAUUGCGUGAAAUUGUUCAUUUCGGAAGGAAUGAACGUUAAUUCGCUGAAGCCGAGUGGUAUGAACGCUAUUCAUCUAGCUGCAGAUUUGGGGUAUGUUGAUUGCUUGAAGGCUUUACUGGAUUUUCCAACGGCUGAUCCAAACAUAAGGAUUGGAAUACGCGAAAAGGAGUCAACAGCGUUACAUUUGGCCGCUGAUGAAGGAAAUGUUGAGUGCGUGAACUUGUUAUUGGCAAAAGGAGCCAACGCAAAGUUGAAAAAUCACCGCGGAUUUACGCCCUUGCAUCUUGCCGCUAGAACGUCUAGCUUGGAAUGUGUUGAACUGCUCUUGAGGAUAGGAAGCGCCGAUCCGAAUGCAGAAGAUUUUGAUCAGCGUACACCACUGCAUGCGGCGAUUGGAAAAUCGGAUAUGGCUUUCGACAUAAUCGAGACUCUGAUCUGCUGGGGUGCUGAUGUGAAUAGCAAGGAUGUUUUUGGAUUUACCCCCUUGCAUCUGGCGGCACUGGACGGACUUGCGCAUUGCGUUGAAAUAUUGAUCUAUCACGACGCGGAUGUUACAACAAAGUCAAAAAAGGGAACAACUGCAUUGAAUGUUAUAACAAGGAAAACACCUGCUUCAUUAGCGAUGAUAAGUAGAAAAUUCGAUGAUGCUAUGACAUUGAUUCACUCUCAGGAUCCUUCUGACAAAGAAGUAGUACUGGAGCUGGAUUUUCGUAGUAUUCUGCAACAUUGCUAUCCGCGGGAGAUCAGUUAUUUGAAUACACUAGUAGAUGAAGGUCAGAAGGAAAUCCUGCAGCAUCCUUUAUGUUCGGCUUUCUUGUACAUCAAAUGGGGAAAAAUUCGAAAGUAUUACAUUGCUAGAUUGCUGUUUUGUUUCAUUUUCAUCCUGUUUCUUACGCUGUAUGUGUUAACUGCUUUGGCUCAUAACUGCUAUAAUGGCAGUAAGGAUAUGGAAGAGACAAUUCAAGAGCAGGAACUUUGCCAGAAGCAGUCCAUUUUGGGGAACAUGUUACGAAACAAUCCAUUUGUAAUGGAGAUGCAAUGGAUGGUGCUAGUGGCAAUAACAUUUGUGGAAAUUUGUCGAAAGCUGUAUGGAAUGACAGGAUACUCAUCGAUCCGUCGAUACAUCACGCAAAUGGAGAAUGUCACGGAAUGGUUUAUUAUAGUUAGUGUUUUCGUUAUUUCCUACAUUUAUACAAAACGAACGUAUACUUGGCAAAACCACAUCGGGGCUUUUGCAGUUCUGCUGGGGUGGACACAUCUGAUGGUAAUGAUAGGGCAGUUGCCUGUAUUUGGCGCAUACGUAGCUAUGUAUACCAAAGUCCAAGUUGAGUUUGCAAAACUUUUCAUAGCAUACUCGUGCAUGUUGGUUGGUUUCACCAUAAGCUUUUGUGUGAUUUUCCCAUCGUCAUCGUCAUUUGAAAACCCAUUCAUGGGCUUCAUUACAGUGCUAGUGAUGAUGAUUGGCGAAUUAGAUCUCGAACUGUUGAUCAACGACCCCGAUGGGAAAGAUCCUCCUUUCAUGUUGGAAUUAAGCGCUCAAGUCACGUUCGUUUUAUUUCUUCUGUUCGUUACGGUGAUCCUUAUGAAUCUCUUAGUUGGCAUAGCUGUUGAUGAUAUUCAAGCUCUGAAGAAAACAGCCACCCUUUCCAAACUAGUUGGUCAAACAAAACUAAUCUCCUACAUCGAAUCGGCACUUUUUAACGGUUGGCUUCCAAAUUGGCUUCGGAGUUUGCUGCACUAUACCGCCUUGGUUUCGCCUCAAGCAUACCGCGUGAUUCUGAGUAUAAAACCACUGAACCCUGAAGAAAAACGUUUGCCGAGAACUAUAAUGAUGGCAGCGUACGAGGCAGUAAAGUCGAAAAAACAGACAGGUGCCGCCCCCAUUAGCAAUCCCGCCGCCUACAAGUAUCGCUUCCAGAAUGGGAACGUCGUAUCCAGUCAGCAGGUCAAUUGUAACCAGCCACUGGAACGUAUCAUUGAGUCGGAUUAUGGAUUUGAAACCGCUAGUUUAUGUACGCUGAACACAAAGAUUGAUGAAAGUUCUGAAAAGUUGGAUGAACUUUCCAAAGAACUUUCCGAGUUGAAAACUGUUUUGAAAUACAAUCAAUGUUUGGUCGAUAAGAUUUCAAAAAUACUUCUAAAGUAAUGUUUAUGUAAACGAAACGAUGAAAAAAGAUACACUUCAACUUGCCUGACGAUUGAAUAAGUUUAAUGUUCAUAUCUAGAAUAAGUGAAAUUUUGUAUAUAUGCCUGGAGGACAAUAAGCUAAAUAAAGUAUAAAUUAAAAAAAAA